CAAAAUAAACCACUGAUAUUCACACAAAAACGGGUGUAAAUUUAUGUAAUGCUGAUGUAAAUAUUCAGUGUUAAUGAUGCAUUUCUAUUUAUGGGAAUUUAAUGUUCAAAUAUCUAUUAAACGCAGUAGGUGUGUUAAAAUUAUGAAUAUUUCGAAGUGAAAACUUUGUUCUAUUUGAAUAUAAGCUACGGACGAAAUUGGAUAUAAAAAAUAUUUGUUCAAACUUCGAUUAUUUUUUAAAGAAGGUAUAUGACAUGAGUGCAUUACUUGUUGCUGCUAUAGACUUUGGUACGACAUACUCGGGAUGGGCGUUCUCUUUCGAACACGAAUAUGAACGAGACCCAACCAAAGUCUUUGCUAAGAACUGGAGCGGCGGUCAACUUGUGUCACAAAAAGGUCCAACGUGCGUUCUCAUUCACCCAGACGGUAAAAGGUUGCACUCUUUUGGAUAUGAGGCGGAAAGCAAAUACGGUGAACUGGCACUAGACAAGCGUCACAAACAAUGGUUCUUUUUCAAACGUUUCAAAAUGAGUCUGUAUGGUAGAAUAGGUAUUGAACGUAAUAUCAUGCUUGAAGAUGCAAGCGGGAAGAAGCUUACUGCGAAGACAGUGUUUGCUUUGUCUAUCAAAUAUCUAAAAGAUGACCUGAUCAAGAUGUCAGAGAAACGUUUGGCCGGCGCAGGAAUUAGAAAUUAUAGUAUCCACUGGGUGUUGACAGUUCCUGCAAUCUGGAACGAUGCUGCUAAACAAUUCAUGAGAGAAGCCGCACAAGAUGCUGGAAUUCUUAAAGAAAAUCUGACAAUUGCUCUAGAGCCCGAGGCAGCGUCUCUUUUUUGUCGACACCUUCCUGUUGAGAAAUGUCUCGGCCGAGAAAAGAUUUCAUUAUCAAAGUUUAAAGCAGGAACCAAAUACUUGGUUCUGGAUGCAGGAGGUGGAACAGUUGACAUUACUGUACAUGAGGUUAUGAGCAACGGAGACCUAAGAGAACUUCACAAGGCUAGUGGUGGAGCAUGGGGAGGAACAAAAGUGGACGAUGCAUUCGAAAACUUCCUUACAGUGGUCAUUGGAAAAAAAGCUGUAGAAAACUUCAAACAGCAUCAUAUGGAAGAUUACAUUGACAUAUUUAGAGAUUUCGAAAUAAAAAAGCGGGAAACAGCUCCAAGUAAAGAUUCCAAAAUCACGAUACGAGUACCAGUCUCUCUUGUUGAGAUGGCGAAAAAAACGAAUGGCAAACCAAUGAAACAGUCUAUUUCAAAGUCUAUGUUUAAGGAGAAGUUAAGCCUUAUUGGUGACAAAAUUCGAAUGGAAGCAAAUGUCAUGAAAGGAUUUUUCUAUCUGCCGCUUAAGAGUAUCUUAGAUCACGUCGGUAAGCUUCUGUCAGAACCGCAGAUAUACGGAUGUUCCGCUAUCGUUAUGGUUGGUGGAUUUUCUGAGUCUACGAUUUUGCAAGAACAUAUUCAAAAUAUGUUCUCAGAUUUGAAAAUCGUAAUUCCAGAGGAAGCUGGGCUAGCUGUCUUAAAAGGAGCAGUUAUAUUUGGUCACAACCCGAAGAUGAUUGCUGAGAGGGUUUGCAAAUAUACAUAUGGCACGGACAUCACACAUGUAGCCUCUCCAAUGUGCAAACACCAUCGAAAGAAUACAAGACCUGACGAAUAUGGUGAGAUGCGGUGCUAUGGUAUCUUUGAAAAGCAUGCGAAAAUUGGCCAAUCAAUCAGAAUUGGGGAACAGCAAAAAGAGUGUCUGUCCUGGCCUAUGUAUGAUGAUCAAACAUCUGUUACUUACGACAUUUAUGCCUCGUCUAGUGUAGACCCAGUUUUCGUUACAGAUGUGGGAUGCAGCAGAAUCGGCACUUUAACAAUACCUAUUUCUGACACUUCAUUAGGCAGAGAAAGAAGAUUUGGGGUGAGUUUUUUAUUUGGAGGAACAGAAAUCGAGGUAAAGGUCGUUGACAAAACAACAGGCGAAGUGACAAUAAAGACUGUAGAUUUCCUUGGUUAAAAAGUCAACAUUUAGAUAAUAUAAACGCUUUGGAUUAAAAUGAUUUUAAAAAAUCAAAUUAUUGAAACAAAGUGUUGUUUGACAUGAAAAUUAAACACCAUAUAAAAAUGUAUAUAACUCUAUAAAACAUUAGACAGAAAACUGAAAUAUACACUGAAAUUCGGAAAAGAACUGCAAAGAGUGGCCACAGUUUUGACAGUUCAACGCCUUCAAAAACUCACAAUUUUCAAAGAACUGUUACAUAUCUUCGUUUGGAUACAUUGAAAAAAUGUCUGUGCUGAAAUUAACAUAAAUAGGUGGAACCUAGUUUUCAGUGAUUUCUUUUUUCUUAUUUUUCUUUACAAAUGACAUUUAUGUUUAAAGAGGAAAACCUUUUUAGAAUAUUUUAAGUAUCCAUUGUACGGGACAGUACGGCAGAAUAUGCAUGGUCAGGUAGACUGUCGGUGAAGAUGUUUUUCUUUUAUCUGUGUUUUGAUUAUAUACUCCUAAACCUUAACAUAGGGGAAGGAAAGCAUAUGUAUACGUAUUUGUACACAAUCUUUAAUAUGAAGGUUUCGGCAUUAACAUAAACUUUAUCCUCUCAAACAACUAACCGCAUAUUUACAUGCGUAUGUACAUAAAAAUAUGUAUUUAUAUUUUAUUGAAUAUCAAACGUAUCUAUUAUGAUUAUGAAGAGAACUGAAAGUAUUUGUAACAACUACUUUUGUGGAAUAAAAGUUGUCAUCAG